AUGAACUUCGUCAAAUGUCUUCUCGUCGCCUCUGUUGCCGACCGAGCCUCGGCCGCUUCUUCUGCUUAUAGCCCAGCCACAAUCGCUCUCUAUCUCGGUGUCCAAGCUGGUGAUGUCACUGAUUUGAUGAACACCACCGACUACGUAAACAUCGAUGCGACCAAGUGGGCUGUCACCUUUAAUCAGUACACCGAAGAUGUGGCAGCGUGGUCGCCAGUGACCAAGGAACGCGUGUUCCUCGACAGAGUUUCCUGUUUAUCGGACAUUGCUUGUGUGCUCUGUAUUGGUGCGGCCAUAGCAGGUGCAACUGGUCCGAUUGCGGCAUGUGCGUCCACAGCUUACGCCGCAAUAGCUGCAACUGCGGCCGAAACAGCAGGAGCCACGAUUCCGCCCAUCAUCCUGACUUUUGCUUCGUGUGCUUUACCGUUUGUAGCAUCGGGUCUCGGUGUGGCUUCUGCUUGUAUCGAAUACCUUGGUGCUUAG